UUUCUCCUUAAUCAUUUGCUGCAUAUAUACUGAGUCCAUCAGGUGAAGUGUGUAUUGCGGACGUUGUGUAUGGGUGUGUGUGUGUGUGUUUGGUCAUGAGUCCUGGACUUCCGCGAUCCGAGGAGAAUGCGAAGGAUUCGAUCGACGGCAGCGUGGAUCAGAGUCUGGAGCGAGGAACUGAAGGAGAAACUCCACCACCGCUGAGAAAUUACAUCUUUCUGACUAUUUUCACCUGUUUCUGUCCUGCGUGGCCCAUCAACAUCGUAGCGCUCGUCUUCUCUAUGAUGUCCCAGAGCAGCUACGAUAAUGGGGAUUAUGAUGGAGCUGGACGUUUGGGGAGGAAGGCUCUGCACAUGGGCAUCGCUUCAUUCAUCAUUGGCAUACUCAUAAUUAUGACCUUCUGCAUCGUACACUUCACUACGCACACCAUCUGAAUGUGCUGAGGAAGCUGACCUGGAACAGUCUCAGCGUGAGGUUCAUCAUCAUUAAUGGACAUGCAAGACAAAGUGGGAUGUCUCGAUGUCAGGAGGCUCAGAGUCGCCCCCUGCAGCACUGUACAGUCUCUACGGCUAAUGUAAAAUUUUAUACAUUUCAAAGUUACGCUCUGAACUCGGGCAUGUGUAGAUUCUGGUGCAGAGUGAGUGAGAAAACCAGAUGUUUAUUUUAUACGUCUUCAUCAUGUUAUACAGCCGGUGUUAAUUACAGUUAGUGUUAAAAACACACCUCAUCUCCACGUUAAGUUUCUCCUACUGAUGAGUCUAUUGUCUAUAUUUUUGCUAACGUCAAAGAAAACAACAAAAUUAAUGAAGAGGUUUAUAAAAUAUUUGAAAAGUAAUUACAACAAAGAUGAUUGAAUGGAAAAGGUUAAUUACAUAAAGUCAGGUUUGUUUAAGGAAAUUGUUCAGCAAAUACAAUAAAUGUGCGCACUUUCACCUUUAAACCUAACAUCGCUGAUUAGCAAAGGCACAUUUGCUAGCUAGCUGAAGCUAUUAGACUAAUGUAGCUGACAGGUGAUGGAAGUCUCAGACUCUGUAGAUGAUGUAGCUGCUCUUUAAUCUAUAAUGAUUUUUAUUGUAUUUAUUUAACCUCCAUUUAAGAGCGGAGUCACACUGAGGCAGCACUUAUUCUAAAAGAUCCAUAAUCCUUAACUAUAUGUUGAUCAAACGGAAGCUGACUGAAGUGAGUCAUGUGAUGCUCAGAUGCUGUUCUUUUAAAUAAAAAGGUUUGUCACUAAUCAUCUUCAUUAUUUCACCCUUUUGGUUUAAAACAAUUAAGACAGCAAAUUUAUGUUUGUACAGAAAUAUUUUCUCUGUGUGAUUGUGAUUUUUUAAAAUGUGCAAUGUACGAAUUUAAAUAAAAAGAAACUA